GAGCAGUCGUAGUCCCGGACAGAGCACGAGACAUGAGGAGCGCAGAGUUCCCGUACGCCGACAGCGAGGUGCGGUACGCGAGGCUGCGCAAGCCGUCGCCCUCCGGAGUCCGCGCGGAGCUGAAGAGCUGCGCGCGGGCCGCCGGCGACUGCGCCAGCGGCCGGCUGCUGCUUCUGCUGGCGCUCGUGGUUGUUGGUGUGUUGGUUCUGGUGAUAACACUCAGCAUGUCUGACCCGUCAGCACAAGAUGUAGUGGCUCCUAACCCAAAGGCUCUCGAACAAGUUGCAAAAGGCAGUUCUGAUUUUGCAAUCUCCUUGUACAAGGCGGUGCGGGCGCAGGAGAGCGGGAACAUCGUGGUGUCCCCGCUGAGUGUGCAGACGAUCCUGGCCCUGGUGUACCACGGCGCUGGCGGGCGCACCGCUGACCAGCUGGCGACCGCUCUCAAGCUCCCGGAGGACCGCGGCCUGGUGGCGCCCGGCUUCUACACCCUCCUGUCCUCCCUCAAGAGCGAUGAGAACAUCACGCUGGAGGUCGCCAACAAGGUGUUCGCCCAGGCGGGCUUCGGCAUAAAGCCAGAGUUCAGUGACGUCGCCAGGAGGCACUACCUCUCCGAGGCACAGGAGGUGAACUUCGGCGAUGCGGCCGCCUCGGCCCAGACCAUCAACCAGUGGGUGGAGGAGCGCACCCGCAACAAGAUCAAGAACCUCAUCUCCGCAGACAUGUUGGAUGCGCUGACGCGAUUGGUGCUCGUGAACGCCGUGUACUUCAAGGGGAACUGGCAUUCCAAGUUCGACCCAGAGGCCACCACCACGCAGCCGUUCUACGAGACUCCGACGCAGAAGACGGACGUGCAGAUGAUGCACAUCAAGAAGAAGUUUCGCUACGGGGACGUUGCCGAACUGGACGCCCAGGCGCUCGUGUUGCCGUACGAGGGAGACAAGGUCAGCAUGCUGAUCCUGCUGCCCCGCAAGAAGGACGGGUUGGCAGACCUGGAGGCCAAGCUGUCGGACGUCUCCAUCUCGGACAUCAUGAACAACAUGUACUCGACGGAGGUCAACGUGUCCUUGCCGCGGUUCAAGCUGGAGAAGUCCAUGGACCUGAACCCAAUUUUGAAAGCGCUGGGCAUAGUGGACAUGUUCGAGGACACGGCCAACUUCUCGGGCAUCUCGGCAAAGGAGGGCGAUUCCCUGAAGGUGAGCCAAGUGGUGCAGAAGGCGUUCAUCGAGGUGAAUGAAGAGGGGAGCGAGGCCGCCGCAGCGACCGGUGUCUUAAUGAUGACUCGCACUGUCUUAAUUCCUCAUCCCCCGGAGACAUUCACCGCUGACCACCCGUUUCUCGUGGUGCUGCUUGAGAAGAUGUCUAGAGCGAUUUUGUUUGUGGCGAGCCUAAGCAAGCCGUGAGCGGUGCCACAGCCGCAGUGGCUAGGGUGGCAUUACUUAGACAUGUUGCGUGUUUUGCUUACAAUAACCACAUUUCUACUUGCUGUAUACCAUAAGAACAAGGAAAAAAAAUAUUUACCUGAAACAUGGACAAAACAUCACAUUCGCUUACAGUUAUAUAAACAUCACGUGAUUCUGCUUUGUGAAUUAGGUAUCGCAGACAAUAAUAUUUUUAUGCAUUAAAAAAAUAGGAAAAUCGGAAUGAGAUGCUUUUGUAUCGCCUUAACAAAGUUUGGUUUUUUUUAUAAACUAGUGCAAAGUGCACAUAAUAAAAGUUUCUCUUGAUGUAGUAAAUAAUAUUGUAUUUUAUAGUAUUGUGUGUACUUGUUAGGGACAAGAUUGCACAUUGAAUUGCAAUAGAGCCAAAAUAACUUCGAAAAGCAUGUCAAUAAUACACCAUAUAAAACCAAGUGCAACAAAAAAUCAUGAAAUUAAACAGCAUAUUUGAUUAAAAGUCAACUCAUUAAAAAAAUGCAUUCUUUUAGUAUAUUAAAUUCAGUGAAUGUAAAUUAUUUAGCAUGAAGUUAGUACCAACAUGUAUGUACUAAAUAGAUUGGAAAUUUUUUUUUAUAUUGCAACUUGUUAGUAAUUAAUUUUUACAUUACAACAUUGGAACAUUUUACAAAUGCACAUAUACUUGCUGAUUUAUUUGUGUUGUUACCAGUAGUUAGACAUGCUUAUUAAAAAAUUAUUAUACUGUAAAAGUGCAUCAUGUGACAGUCAAAAGACACUGUUUUGGUGAAGUAAGUAUCGUUGAACAAGCAAGUGUCGUAUUUGUUGCAAAUAUUGCUAUUUUUAUGAAUAAACAAAGUUCAUAAAAAAUAAAAACAAUAACCUAAUGACCUAAAAAGAAAAUCAUGAAAUCUUGUCUAUAGCAAUUGUUAGGUAAAUUGAUAGCUAUUAAAAAUAAUAUGCUUGUAUUCAGGAGCAUGUACUUUAAUACAGAAUUAGAAGUUAUUGUGUAUUUUUCUAUGAUAUGAUUUUGUAACUCUUAUAAAUGAAGUUGCAUUUAGUUUGCUAUUUUGUGAUCAGGUGAGAAAUGUUGUGGCUGGCAGGAUAGUAAAAACUAUAAUUGAGGAAAACCUGGAAGUAUGUGAUGCAAGUGAAUAAGUCUUACGUAAAUUACAAAGUACUCAUUUAUUGUGGGAGAAUAAAAUUAGUGCAGGAAGAACUAAGAGCUACUAAUUGAUAAAUAGUUGUCAGGAUUAGUUGAGUGUUUUUGGCACAGCUCUGUUGGGAAAAAUUAUUAUGUUAUAUGAAAUAUGAUUAUUGAACAUGCUUUAAUCCGUAGACACUGUGAUUAUUUAUCCAGGGUGAUUCUCAGCUCCAGGUAAAAAAAUAUACAUGGGGGUGUAGAGUAGGGUUUUAAAAGCUAUGUCAUGUGUUAUAUAAGUUAACUUGGUCUAUAAAGUAAUAUCAUUUUUAUCUAAAAAAUUUUUGUUAUUCCAUGUCUAUAUGUUUUGUCUAUGACUUAAUGUGUAUAAUUUCAGGCCACUAUUUUUUCUCUAAUCUUUUGUUUUGAAGAAUGACAAAAAUUUUAAUUUUUACAAAAUAAAAAUUUUAAUUUUAACUAAUUAGGCAAUGGUGGGUGCCAUUUACUCUGUACUUCAAUUUAAGCGUGAGAAAUACUGUAGCAUAUGUCUUGUGGCAAAAUAUGCUUAAAAAAAUUCAAAUUUUAAUACUUCAGAAAUGGAACAUGUGGAUAAAUCAUCCUGGGUGAAUAAUAACCAAGCAUAGCGGGUGAUUCAGUAUGUUGAGGGGAGUUACGCACCCUUAAAUUAAUAUUUUGAGUGAUUUAUUACAAAAUACCUAGAUGAAAACUUCUUCACAGAAAAAAUGCAUUGAUUUUAGGAAUAGCAUUGUUUUGGAUUAAAAACUGCAAUUUAUUAAAAUUUAUGGGUCAUAUAAUUUAAAUUCAAUAAGAACAUUCUAGGAAUGCAUUGUGGUACAAAAUAAUGUAAUCUUGCAUGAGGAAUCAGCACUCUACAUUGUAACCUGGAGUUCAGAGUUACUCUUUAUAUGAGCAAAGUAGUUAGUUUUGAUCUAGUCUAUUUUCGACAAUCAAGCAGCAUUUUUUGGUCAUAAUUAUGCAUGUGCUGAUGUCGAUGAAAGAAAUUUUUGAUAAUGUUGUUUACAUACUGUUGUUAAACAAAAACUUUGUUAGUUUUAUUAUAUUCUUAAUUUUUGGGUAAUGGUUUCAUAGGUUUAACAUUUUAUUACAUUCAAAAGUACUUGCUAUGGGCCACACUAGUACAUUUGUGCUGUGAUGCUCUUUAUUCUUUAUGCUUGUUUCAGCAAAAAAAAACUAUUGCCAACAUAUUUACUUUAUAAGCAUUUGGUAGACAUUAAACCUGUUCUUAAAUUUCAAAGUAUAUAACUAUUAAUCUAUCUUUUCAUACAAUUUUAUGGAUGAUAUGUUCUUUAUGUACAAAAAAAAAUUUCUAGCUAAAUGAAUUUUAGUUUUUACAGUGAAGCUAAUACUGUCCUGGGAUGGUCAGAAUGACUGAUUGUAGUAGAAUUCUAAACAUAUGAAUACUUACUGGUAGAGAAUAACUAUAUGUGCUAUUUGUACAGUCUAGUGAAUACCAUUUUAUGCCAUGGAGUUAUAUAUAAUGUUUAUCUGUCUAAACAAUUUUUUUGUAGUUCUGUAAGUUGUAUAUAAACACUAUAUUUGUAUAUUUAAAUUUGCAUUUAUUUAAAUAUUAUCAAAGUGUGUGCUUUUCAUACAAGUUUUAAUAACGGUUAUAAAAAUUAGCAAAGACAACUAGCAUUUUAAGAUGGAAAAGAAGCUUUUUUUUUGUAAGUAAAUUCUUGGAUGAAUCGUAAUAUAUUUUCUGUUGGUAUUAUAAUUUUUAAUAUUUAAUUUAUUAAUUUACCGGCAUAUUGUUUUACUUUAUGUUAAUGUUUGAUAUACAUAACUUUGUAAAAAAGCAGAAUGUGAUAGAUUAUCAUUACAUGGGCCAUGUAGAAUGAAGCCAUUGAGUAUAUAGGUAUGUAGAAAGUCUCUCUUAGCACAAAAAUAGUUAUUUUUUGAUAGUGAAAGUUACACAAUAUGGAGAACUUAUUUUUAAUUAAUGUAUUUUGCUAUAUUUAUUUUAUUGAUGUUUGUUGCAUAACAUAAAAUUUACUUUACCUGUUUUUAUAUUAAUGUUUGAAAAUUUAAGUAGUAUUAAUUGAUCUUACACAAUGUUUCUUAAAAGAUCAAUUAAGUAAAAUUCUAUUAUUUUUUUUUAAGUUUACAUCAAGUAAUUUUUACACAAAAUUAAUUAUAUAAAACUGCUGCCCAUGAACAUGAAAUCAAAGGAAGAAACAAGUAAUAACUAUGAAAAUCAAAAAGUAAUGUAUAAAAAAUAAAUAUACUGUAUGUGAAAUAUUUAGUCAUAAUAAUAAAAUUGUAUGCACAACAGUUUAUUUGUAUGUAUUUCUAGGAGGUGGUGAUGAUAUAAUUCAUGUAUAUUUUACAAAUAAAAAUGGUUUCUAGUU